AUACCAUCUUAGGGUGAUGGUGGUCCUGGGUUCGAUUCCCAGAACAGCCCAAUUUUUUUACUUUCAUGGUACCAAAAUUUUUGGAUGAUAGUUCUUACUGAAUAUAUGGAAACGAAAAUCUCUUAACGCUUCCAUGAAAUCGGGAUGAUACUCGAGAAUUAAAACAUGCAAACUGAAGGGAUACUACUCUGCCUGUGUAGGGGAGCUAGCUACCUUUCACCGAUGUACACUAUAUUUCGUUACACGAAAUAAGCAUCUUCGGUUCACGUCACAAUCCUGAGAGGUGUACGUUUGUCCUGGAAGAAGAAGCAGCAGCUUUGCUAUACCAUAUACAACCAAAGUUAAGAAAUGUCGAAACUUAGGUUUACAACCGAGUCAAAAGAUCCUAUAAUUGAUUCUGAAGAAACAAAUGACAAGGAAACAAAGCUAUUGGCUUACGUGAAUGACAACCGACACUUUUCUCUAAUAAGAGCCUUGCAUCUUGCAGAUUUAAUUACUCUUUUCAAUGGGUUUUGUGGUGUUAUGAGUAUUUUCUCCAGCUUGCGCUACUGUCUAAGUGGCCAAACAAGCUCAAAGUACCUAGUCCGUGCUAUGUAUUUUAUGCCAUUUGCUCUCUUCUUUGAUUUCCUUGAUGGAAAAGUAGCCCGCUGGCGUGGAAAGUCGUCUUUGAUGGGACAAGAAUUGGAUAGUUUGGCUGACUUGAUAUCCUUUGGUGUGUGUCCUGCCGUUUUCGCUUUUUGUUGUGGCUUCCAAACUUUUCUUGAUUUAAUGAUUCUUAGUUUCUUCUGCCUCUGUGGUCUUACGCGUUUGGCCCGCUUCAACGUUUCCGUAAACUCUAUUCCCAAAGAUGAAUCGGGAAAAUCAAGGUUUUUUGAAGGUACACCAAUUCCCACUACCCUUGCCUUGGUUUCUACACUGGCUUUUUGCAUGGUUAAGGGAAGAAUCCACGAGCAACUUCCUGGAGGCCUUUGGUUUUCGGGUACACCCUUUGAAUUUCAUCCCAUGGUAUUUCUCUAUGCCUUGAGUGGUAUUGCUAUGACAAGUAAGAAACUUCGUGUCCCAAAGUUUUAAAAGCAUUUUAAUAUCUUGAACUUUUUAAAUUAUAACCUUUUAUAUCCCCUUCAUUCUGCCUAUUCAUUGUAUGUUUGCUUAUCCAUGAUGGUUUUUUGGUUUAGCUAGACUUUUCAAAUACUAGCUUCAAAUUAUUUAUCCUUCUUAACUUGCGUCGAUAGUUUUCUUUUCAAUCUUUAAUGACCUGUUUUUCUUGAGCUCUACUAUUGUUAGGCAAUUAUUCUUCAGUCUUGCCUUUCAACCAACAAUUCUUAUUAGCCUAUAUAAUCAGUUCUUCUUCAUAACUACACAGUGUGCGACAAAAUUUAAAGAAGUUUUACAUACAUAUAUUUAUGUUGUCACGUAACAAAAGAACUUGCUGGUUUACGAACGUCCAAUGAUAAAACACGUCUUAUUCAUCUGUACCCGAUUUUGAUUCAUGAUCUUCCAUUCAUGAACCCGGAAUACAAAAAAAAGAAACUCAUAAAUUAAUAAAUAAUAUCCCCUCUAAAAUCUAGCUACAUU